CCCCCCGGCUCCUUCAUCCAAAUCCCCCAAACAAUGGCCCGGCCAGUGCUGAAUGGCGCAGACGAGAGCGGGAUGAUAAAACUCCUGACAUCAUUGUUCCAGAGAGUUCAGCAGGAGGCGCGCCCGGGACAGCUGGGGCUAUAAAAAGCCCUCGUGCACCGGUCCCAGCACAACUCAGCUGCAGUCGCACUCACGCUUCCCCCAGCCAAGGCAAAUGGAUAUCUCCAUUCACCACCCCUUGCUGCGCAGACCCUUGAUGUCCUUGUUCACCCCCAGCCGCAUCUUCGACCAGAGCUUUGGAGAGCACCUCCUUGAGUCCGAGCUGUUCCCCACCUCGUCCAGCAUCAGACCCUUCCUGCUGAGGUCCCCCUUCCUACGGAUGCCCAGCUGGCUGGAGACGGGGUUCUCCGAGAUGCGACUGGAUAAGGACAAGUUUUCCGUAAACCUUGAUGUGAAGCAUUUCUCCCCUGAGGAGCUGCAAAUCAAGGUUCUGGGGGACAUGGUUGAGAUCCACGGGAAACAUGAGGAGCGCCAGGAUGAGCAUGGCUACAUCGCCAGGGAGUUCAACAGGAAAUAUAGGGUCCCCUCUGAUGUGGAUCCUGAAUCCAUCACCUCCUCCCUGUCCCUGGAUGGUGUCCUGACAGUGAAUGGACCACGGAGACCAACCGACCUUCCUGAACGUACCAUUCCCAUCAUCCGUGAGGACAAAUCUCCCACUUCAGGAGUCCAGAGGAAGUGAGCAGCCAUUGAAAACCAUCCCUGCCCAACUGGGAAAACCUCUCCGUUGCAUGCGAGCAGUGUAUGCUGUCCUGAAUAGCCACACCUAUUUAUUUAUGCUGAGCAAAGCAAAAGGAGCCCAUUUACUAACAAAUAAAACAUGAAUAAGCA